GGGAUCACAUUCAUUCUUUCCCCCAGCCUCGGUUUGAACACAUCUAAAGUAACACAGGAACAGGAAAUCCCAAUGACCAACACCUUUUGGAACUAAAUUUGUUGUCGUGACAAUAUUCUCGUUUCGGUUCCGAGUGAGUGCGUAUCCGUGAUCCUUGUUUACUUUGUGGGUUCUCUCUUUCCAUUGACUUCCACCCAAAAUAUCCAAAUCCAAUCCAAGAUGUGCUGCAAUCCUGGAGGCUGCUGCAACCUGCCCUCCUGCAUCCAGUGCACGAACUUUUGUUUCAACUGCUGGACGGGAACUGCUGCAGUGCCCUGUUGCCGAGGUAGUUGCAUUCCGGGAUGCAGUAGCAGCCCUGGAUGCCGUUGCUGAUCAUCACCAAAAUUAUUAAACAAGUCUACAGCUAAAAACUGAAAUAAACUAACAGAUACCCCAAAC